AUGCCGGCUGCUGCUCAGCCGUCAGGCAGGAUAUCGACGACCGACUUCAGACGCGACGUGCGCGACACGACACAUGAUACUGGGGCCUGUGCCUUCUCGGUCGUUUCCUCGUCCCUCCCCACCUCGGUGUCGACGGCGCCGGACAGCUGCGACCGCUUUCUCAACGCCAGUCUCACGUAUGUGUCCAUUUUGCAGUUGUUCGGUGCCCCGCAGCGAAACUCAGGCUCGUCGUCCUUGGAAGGACGCCGAACAAGCGCAACACACACAGCACACGCGAUUGACCGACCGACCGACCAACCGACCGGUCUCGGUCAUGCGUUCGUUCAGCGCUGCUCGUCCCUUCUCUUUGAGUCAAUAGAUUUUGGAGCAUUGAACGUGUACGCACGCAGCGCCUGGUUCUAG